UUGCAGCAACCAACCGCACACAGUUGCAGCAUCUCAUAUUCUUCUUCUUCUCAACGGCCGUUAGAAUGUCAUUUUCAGUGUUAAGUUGUUACGGUGUCAGCGGUGCUAUCUCUCUUUCUCCUUCCAACAAUUUCUGUCUUCCAAUUCCCAAUUUCAAUUGUCCCCGAUUUUACUCUCAACCUCAUUCCAAUUCCCAAUUACGUCACAAUCUUGUCAACCCUACACCAUCAUCCGUCUUCGAACUCGGUAAGAUGUUAACUUCCCUUGUUAGAAACAAGCAGUUUCACACUGCUAUUUCACUCUCUCAUCAAAUGGAGCUCAAUGGAAUUCAACCUAACUUUGUUACUUUGAACAUCUUACUCAAUUGUUUCUGCCGCAUUAGUCAACUCAAUUUUGCAUUUUCUGUAUUGGCUAAGAUUAUUAAACUAGGUUAUCAGCCUAAUACAAUAACAAUGGCUACACUUAUGAAAGGCAUGUGUCUUAGUGGUCAGGUUAUUAAAGCUUUGGAUUUUCAUGACGAUGUUAUAUCAAAGGGAUUUCAGCUUGAUCAAAUUAGUUAUGGAAUCUUGAUUGAUGGCUUAUGUAAAAAUGGAGAAACAAAAGCUGCCCUACAGUUGCUUAGAAAGAUUGAAGCGUUAAUGGUUAAACCAAACGUGGUAAUGUACAACACAGUCAUUCAUAGUCUUUGCAAAGAUAAACUCGUGAGUGAUGCCUUUCAUUUAUAUUCUGAAAUGAUUGUCAAUAAUAUUUAUCCUGAUGUUGUCACUUGCAAUACUUUAAUAUAUGGCCUUUGCAUUGUGUGUCAAUUCAAAGAAGCUGUUGGUUUGUUAAAUGAAAUGUUGUUGAAAAACAUCAGCCCAAAUGUUCUUACUUUUACUACACUGAUUGAUGGUUUAUCUAAGGAAGGAGAGGUGAGAAAAGCUAAAAAUGUCUUAGCUGUUAUGAUAAAACAAGGUGUGAAACCAGAUGUUGUUACUUAUAAUUCUUUAAUGGACGGGUAUUUCUUGGUUAAAGAAGUGAACAUGGCCAAAUAUGUAUUCAACACUAUUGCUCAAACGGAAGUUAAACCAGAUGUUUGUACUUACACAGUCAUGAUUAAUGGGUUAUGCAAGAAUAAAAUGGUGGAUGAAGCCAUGUAUCUCUUGAAAGAAAUGUAUUUAAAAAACAUCUCUCCUGAUACUAUAACAUACAGUUCGCUUAUUGAUGGGCUUUGCAAAUCGGGGAGAAUCUCUGAUGUUUGGUAUCUUCUUGAUGAGAUGCAUGAUAGAGGCCAUCCUGCUAAUGUGAUCACUUACACUUCUAUAUUGGAUGCAUUGUGCAAAAACCAUCAGUUUGACAAGGCAAUUGAAUUAUUGGCGAAGAUCAAAGACCAACGAAUUCAGCUAAAUAUGCAUACAUACACUAUACUUGUCAAUGGACUAUGCAAAAAUGGAAGACUUAAGGAUGCACUAGUAGUUUAUCAGGAUCUUUUGAUUAAAGGCUACCAUUUAGAUGUGACGAUGUAUACUGUUAUGAUUAACGGGCUUUGUAAAGAGGGAUUGAUUGAUGAAGCAUUGUCCUUGUCAAAUUUUAUAUUGGACCUAACUCAUCCUCACAAAACCGACUCCUUAAUGUCAAAAAUGGAAGAUAAUGGUUGCACCCCUGACGGCAUAACUUACACAACUCUUAUUGAUGCUUUGUUCAAAAAUGGAAAGAAUGAGAAGGCGAUGAAACUUUAUCGUGAAAUGAUUGCUAGAGGAUUUUUUUCACUCACUGUCAUUGGUAUGCCCAAGCUUGCAUUGCCAUACCUUCCAUAUGUUGAGAUUAUUUAUGCUAGUGGGGAAACUGUUGAUGAUGGUGCAUCUUUCCUGCCGGAAAUUGCCGCCACUACUAUGAACAUGCUAACUUCCCUUUGUCAAGUGAGAAUCUAUGACGAAGAUAAAAAUGGAACGUUACCAAAUUUCUUAGAAGGCUGGUUGGAGACCAUGACUUCUCUUCAAACAUUAGAAAUCAAUUGGCGUCCAAAAUUAACCGCAUUACCAGCUAGCUUUAAAGAACUCAUAACCUUGCAUCAAUUACGUAUUUAUGACUGUCCUAUGUUGGUGAACCAAUGCAAGAAAGAAACAGGGCAAAAAUGGCAUAAGAUAGAUCAUGUUCCAAAAUUUAAAUUGGAACUUGUUGAACUUGAACCGUCAUUUUAUGAGAAAACGAUGUCAUUAUGGAAGAAGUCGAAGCAAUUUCUGCGUCGCCAUCAGGACUAUUACCAUUCAGAGGAUGAAUCGGACAAUAUAAUUGAUGAUGACCUUGGAAAAGGUACUUGUAUGACUUCUAAUGAGGAGGAAGUCAAUGAAGAAAAUGAUAAAUGUGAUGAUAGUUUAGAAGCAAAUAUUGUUCAUCAUCCCCCAUUGAUUUUCUUGUUAUCCAAAACUAAGUUGCAGCAACCAACCGCACUACCACAGUUGCAGCAUCUCAUAUUCUUCUUCAUCUCAACGGCCGUUAGAAUGUUAUUUUCAGUGUUAAGUUGUUACGGUCUCAGCGGUGCUAUCUCUCUUUCUCCUUCCAACAAUUUCUGUCUUCCAAUUCCCAAUUUCAAUUGUCCCCGAUUUUACUCUCAACCUCAUUCCAAUUCCCAAUUUCAUCAAAAUCACAAUCUUGCUGUUGAUGAUGAUGCUGAUUUUUCAUUCAAUGGAAUUCUCGAUGUCAACCCUAUCCCAUCAUCCGUCUUCGAAGUCGGUAAGAUGUUAACUUCCCUUGUUAGAAACAAGCAGUUUCACACUGCUAUUUCUCUAUCUCAUCAAAUGGAGCUCAAUGGAAUUCAACCUAACUUUGUUACUUUGAACAUCUUGCUCAAUUGUUUCUGCCACCUUAGUCAACUUAAUUUUGCAUUUUCUGUAUUGGCUAAGAUUAUUAAACUAGGUUAUCAGCCUAAUACAGUAACAAUGACUACACUUAUGAAAGGCAUGUGUCUUAGUGGUCAGGUUAAUAAAGCAUUGGAUUUUCAUGACGAUGUUAUAUCAAAGGGAUUUCAGCUUAAUCAACUUAGUUAUGGAAUCUUGAUUGAUGGCUUAUGUAAAAAAGGAGAAACAACAGCUGCCCUGCAGUUGCUUAGAAGGAUUGAAGAGUUAAUGGUUAAACCAAACGUGGUAAUGUACAGUAUAGUCAUUAAUAGUCUUUGCAAGGAUAAACUUGUGAGUGAUGCUUUUCAUUUAUAUUCUGAAAUGAUUGUCAACAAUAUUUAUCCUAAUGUUGUCACUUACAAUACUUUAAUAUAUGGCCUUUGUAUUGUCGGUCAAUUCAAAGAAGCUGUUAGUUUGUUAAAUGAAAUGUUGUUGAAAAACAUCAGCCCGGGUGUUCAUCCUUUUAAUCAAUUGAUUGAUGGUUUAUCUAAGGAAGGAGAGUUGAGAAAAGCUAAAAAUGUCUUAGCUGUUAUGAUAAAACAAGGUGUGAAACCAGAUGUUGUUACUUAUACUUCUUUAAUAGAUGGGUAUUUCUUGGUUAAUGAAGUGAAGGAGGCCAAAUAUGUAUUCAACACUAUUGCUAAAACGGAAGUGAAACCAGAUGUUUGUACCUACACAGUCAUGAUUAAUGGAUUAUGCAAGAAUAAAAUGGUGGAUGAAGCCAUGGAUCUCUUCAAAGAAAUGUAUUUAAAAAACAUCUCUCCUGAUACUAUAACAUACAGUUCGCUUAUUGCUGGGCUUUGCAAAUCGGGGAGAAUCUCUGAUGUGUGGUAUCUUCUUGAUGAGAUGCAUGAUAGAGGCCAUCCUGCUAAUGUGAUCACUUACACUUCUAUAUUGGAUGCAUUAUGCAAAAACCAUCAGUUUGACAAGGCAAUUGAAUUAUUGGCGAAGAUCAAAGACCAACAAAUUCAGCUAAAUAUGCAUACAUACACUAUACUUGUCGAUGGACUAUGCAAAAAUGGAAGACUUAAGGAUGCACUAGUGGUUUAUCAGGAUCUUUUGAUUAAAAGCUACCAUUUAAAUGUGACGAUGUAUACUGCUAUGAUUAACGGGCUUUGUAAAGAGGGCUUGAUUGAUGAUGCAUUGUCCUUAAUGUCAAAAAUGGAAGAUAAUGGUUGCACCCCUGACGGCACAACUUACACAACUCUUAUUGAUGCUUUGUCCAAAAAUGGAAAGAAUGAGAAGGCGAUGAAACUUUAUCGUGAAAUGAUUGCUAGAGGUCUUUUAUAAGAGUCUAACUAGAGAAAACGUUGUCAUUAUGGAAGAAGAAAUAUCGGCGUCACCAUCAGGACUAUUACCAUUCAGAGGAAGAAUUUGACAAUAUAGUUGAUGACCUGUGAGGAUAUUUUUCAGAGGAAGAAUUUGACAAUAUAGAAACAAAUUGCAGCUCAUAUGAAACCAGAAGAACCAGAAGCACGAAGAGUAACAACGACACGAGGAGAAACGACGACUCAACAGAAGAAACAAACAAAAAACAUCAAAACGGAAGAGUUGGAAGAAACAUCUAGAAAAGAGAAACAAUCUGGAAAAUGAAACGAGAGAUGAAGAAAAGAUUUCUACUGCGUACGAUUUUUGGUGAGAAUGAAACGACAGAGUUUGAAAACGAUUUUGCUGCCUUCAAUUUCCAGAUAUACAACGUCAUGAUGCUCUAGUUUGCAUUGAGGGAUUGGGGUCACUUCUUUAUGAAGUUUGUAAAAAUCCAAAAAAUCCAUUCUUCAAUCAAUAUCUCUUCGAGUCAGUAGCUAUUCUUGUGAAGCGUGCCUCGGAAAGGGACCCAUCUCUUGUGUCUGUUUUUGAAACAAGCCUUUUUCCUAAGUUUGAUAUAAUAUUUUCCAAUGAUGUGGCCGAGUUUUUACCAUACACAUUUCAGUUGCUUGCCUCUGCUUGUCGAGUUAAACAGACCACCCAUCCCACCAACCUACAUGCAGAUAUUUGAGAGUAUGUUGUCACCUGAUUCUUGGAAAACCGCUUCAAAUGUCCCUGCCCUCGUGCGUCUACUGCAAGCCUUCCUUGAAAAGGCACCAAACGAGAUAAGCCAAGGGGAUAGACUGAACAAAGUACUUGGUAUAUUCGACACACUCAUACAAUCAUCAAGCACUUCUGAACAAGGAUUUUAUGUGCUUAACACUGUCAUUGAAAGUCUUCAGUAUGAAUUUAUUAAGCCUCAUAUUUCUUGCAUUUGGAACGCUAUUUUUAGAGAGAUCCAGAAAAGGCAGACAGUAAAGCUCCUCAAGUCUCUCUUGAUAUUUAUCUCACUCUUUCUAAUUAAACACGGUUCUUCAAAUGUAGUCGAUACUAUCAACGCCGUCCAGCCUGAUUUAUUUAGUGUGAUUUUGACCCAGCUCUGGAUUCCUAAUCUUAAACUGAUUACCGGAGAUAUAGAGCUCAAAUUGACUGCAGUUUCUUCAACCAGACUCAUUUGUGAAUCUCCAGUUCUUUUGGAUUCUGUGUCCUGGGGUAAAUUGUGACACUUCUUACCCGGCAAGAACAAGAUAGGGUUGAGGACCAAGCUGACAUACCAGAUAUUCCAGAAAAUGUGGGUUACACUGCCACCUUUGUCCGACUUCAGAAUGCUGGAAAGAACAAAGAAGACCCACUAAAAGAAAUAAGAUAUCCCCAAGAAUUCUUUAUUGCUUCAUUGUCCCGACUUUGUGCACAUUCCCCUGGAAGGUAUCCAAAGAUUAUCGGUGAAAAUGUCGAUCCUAUGAAUCAGGCAGCAUUGCUUUAACUCUGCAACACUUACAACCUCUCAUUAGUUUGAGACUUUGUGCUGGAAUCUGAUUGGGCACUACUACCUGGAUCCUCAGCCUGUUGCAACAUUUGAUUGGUCUGUUAUCCUCAGCCUACCGCCAAUGGUGCUUCUUGCCUUUCUUGCACCGACACUUUGAAUCGAAUGCAUGUCCAGUGUCCAACACAUAUCAUUGUCCGACUCCGACACACACCAACACAUGUGAAAUUACAUUCAAUAAUAUGAUUUUCUCAACGACACGUAUCAUUGUCCGACACCAACACCGAGUCACUGACACGACUCCGAUGUAUCACUGUCUGGUACCGCCACCCACGUAUCAGUAUCAUAUCAUUGUCCGACACCAACACCGAGUCACCGACACGACUCCAACAUAUCAUUGUCUGACACCGCCACCGACACCGCCAUAUCAGUAUCAUGUCCAGGGUCUGCAUCAAUACUUCAUAGCUUCUUGCAUUGCAAUUGCAGCAAAGUGAUUUUAACAACUAUUAUCAAUUUAUCAUCAUCCAGUUUUGUCAGUGUCGUGGUGCGGUGAUGAACUUAGGUUUCCUGUCAUUUCCAUUUUGAUUUCUGUAGGCAAUAUUUGUUUGAAAUUUAAAUUGCCAUUUGUUCUAUUGGCAUUUUAGUGUGAACUUUUCAUGUUCCUAUUUCAAUUUCCUGUAAUUUUGUGAGCAAGUGGUAGUGAACACAGCUGCUGCAGUCAAUUUAGUGCACACUUGCAUAUUGAAGUAAAUGACAGAAGGGUUAUUAAUAACGAUUCCAUGUUUGAUUUUUAUUA